CGCCCCCGGUAGUAGCUGUGGUGCCAGUUACCAGCUUCACUCUGUACGGCAGUUUGGACUUUAGUUAGCCACGGUGUUUGGGUGAGAAAGCCUCAUCAAACUUUCAAAGGUCGGAGUUGCCUGCCCAAACGAGCCUAGCCAGUACUGCGGAAGGGCCAGACGAAACUCGAGCGCCCAGCUUGCCGACGACGAUUGCCUAGGUGCUCUCCCGACGGUCGACGAGUACUCCGUCCCGACUCUGCCUGUUUAUUCCGACUAGUCCACUCUAGCUGGUCCAAGAUGGCGAUGACCGGUGCAGUCCGCCCGGCUAUUCUGCUAGGCUUGGCGAUGGUCAUCGGAGUUGCAUACUGGCAUGGAGCAGAGGCAUACAGUGCGGGUGCUCCGUCAAGUGCAUGCGGCAGCAUGAUGCCAGGUCAUGGCUUUGCUUCGCAGCCGGUCUCUUCUGGAGGUACAAAUGGUGGCUUCACAGUUACCACCAGCUCAUCGACGUAUCAAGUAGGCGCUACAUACACAAUGACCAUCGCUGGAUCUACAAACGCAUUUGCUGGCUUCAUGUGCCAGGCCAGGACAACGUCAAAUGGGCAACUGUCGGUGUUCACUGGAACGGUUCCCGCGGGAACACAGAAGAUCUCUGGCUGCACGGAUGCGUAUACGCAUACAAGUAAGACGGCCAAGACAUCCGUGACGUUCAGCUGGAAGGUCAACAGUGCCAGCGUAACCAGUUUCAAAUUUGUCUGCACCUUCGUUCAAUCCUACAAUACCUACUUCGUGCAAGUACCAGGUUCUGAUCUGACACUGAUGGCCACACCGACGACAGUAGCUCCUACGACAGCAGCUCCUACAACAGCUGUGCCCAUGACAGGUACGACGCAACCCGGGGCGACAGCUGGACCGACAACUGCUGCACCAUCAACAGCACCGCCGACAACACUUGCGCCCACUACCAUGGCACCUACCACAAUGGCACCUACCACAAUGGCACCCACCACUCAGAGAGGACCUGCUAGUACCUCAAUGGUGUCGGCUUCAGAUUGCGGCACUGGGAAGUCCUGCUAUCGGGAUCCACCAUCUUGCACAACAGACUGCACCUACUUCUACUCCCAGAAGCCCAUUGGCAGCACACAAGUCGAGAUCGAGCUCAGUGCCAAGACCCAGGGCUGGGUGGCUGUCGGCUUUAGCACGGAUCGAAUUAUGGGAGAUGACGAUGUAAUGGGAUGCAACGUGGCGUCUGAUGGGACCACCGUGAUCGUCAAGAAUGCCUUCAAUCAAGGCAAAUCAAACGUUAUCGACUUAUCCACCAACCCAGCACCGUUCAUCACCAACACAUUCUCAAGCUUCGUCAAUGGUCAAAUCUACUGCCGAUUUACGAGAACCCUGACCACCAACUCCAACAGGGACAAGAACCUCGCAGCACCCAACAAAUACCAUCUGUUAUUUGGAACAAACACCGCCGCCAGCGGAAGAGGUGGCAGUAAUAUCGGAAUGCCAGGAAAGCACAACUCAAUUCCACCGAUCACGACUGCGGCCUACACUGCCACUGAUACCAGCGUGGCCAAUUUCAACGCAAACAUCAAGGUCGGCCUGAUCAAAGUUCACGGAUUCUUCAUGAUCAUUGCCUGGAUUGGCCUAGCUGGAAUCGGCCUGUUCAUGCCAAGAUUUAUGAAGAAAGCCUGGGACGUGCCGAAGGACGAGGUUGCAUGGUGGUUCAAGCUUCACCGUCCUUUGAUGGUUACUGUUUGGUUGAUGAGUCUACUUGGCUUUAUCUUCAUUCUGGCAUACAAGAAGGGAAAGUGGUCUACCGGCAGUAGUGCUCACCCAGGAAUUGGCCUUGCCACUUUCAUCCUCUGCAUGAUCCAGCCAUUCAUGGCAAUGAUCAGAAAGAAGCUAAACAAAUCUCAGCGCAAGAUUUUCAACUGGACGCAUCGCACGGUCGGUUUGGCAGCUCAUGCUCUGGGAGCCAUCGCUGUCUACCUCGGGAUGGACCUAUUCCGUCAGAACUACGGAUUGACGACAGCCGUGCUCUAUCUAUGGGCAGCCUGGGCAGCCAUUGAAGCCGCAAUCUGGAUCGGAUAUGAGAUCAAACUUCUUGUAUCUCCAGUUGAUCCCACAGAGAAGAUAGCUGCGGACGCCAGCAUCAGGAAGGCACUGCUGAUGGUCUACGCAGCCACUUGCAUUGUUCUUGGCAUUGUCAUGGCUAUCAUGGUGGUGGCCCACCGCACUGGUUCCAGUGAAGACUGAUAGUGUAAUUGAGUCACUAUGGCACCGGUGCCAGGGCGGGGCGGUUAUGUGACCAAGCUGCAAGGCAUGCCACUUACUGCAGCUACCCGGGGAGCCAGGUUUGUGCCACCGUCUGCUAGAGCUAUUACCCAAUGUAUUUUAUUUUGUUUCGGCGCCGCUCUCGUCAGCGCCUGUCCGUGUCUUGGUUUUAGGAAGUACAUGCAGCAUCCAAGCUUUGUUAGUUAGAAUCGUUGCUAUUCAUCUUUGCUCGCACGCACAUGCUGGAUGCUUAGUAGACACCUUUUUGCAAUUCACAUUUUCAGAAAUUUGGAAAUUUCCUGAGCGAAUUUUACCUUUUUCAAUCUAUUUUUAAAAAGACGUACCCAAGGCCAUACAUGCUAAAGUGAAUGAUACCUAGUAGUGGCGUACAUAGCACGUGGACAUUUGAAUUUAGGUUUUGAAACUUACAACAAUUUAGGAAAUGUGUGUCAUGUACCAGCAUUGUCAGUUUCAAUGAUGCAUCAUCGCGGUUUGUCGUGUAUUUGUAUUUGUGACAUAGGGACAGACGCCAUUCUGGCCUCGUCCCAGCAUUCUAUUCUUGUCUCAUCAGAACUUUCUCUCUCCUCUGCUGGUGUAGCCUCCAUAGAUGCUUCUACUAUAUGAACUGUUGACUGAUGAGAAGAACGGUGUGAACACACCGCACCAAACACUGA